AUGGGCGGGAGACGUCUACUCCACGGCAACUACUUCACCCGUUAUCUCUUCGGCUCCCUCGCGGUUAUAUGGAUCGCUGAGUAUGCUGCUGCCUGCCAAUACGGGAUACCGCGCCAUCGCAACCCCAAUUGGAUGUGGUCCUGGUGGCUCGAGAAGCAGAACCAGAUAAAGAACGGUGAGAUCCCCGCCAACACUCCGGGUUAUGCUAUGGUCAAGUGGAAUAACGAGGCCGAACAGAGGUGGCUUAAGACCCUCAAUGUGGAGGCCAUGAAUGAGGAGUAG